CCCCUCUGUCUCUAACAAACAUCCUUUCUAAGAGAUCAUCCGCCAAAUCGCCGCCUUUAAUUCACCGCGGAAAAAUGUAUCAUCCGCCACUGCACAUGAUUGCCGCCUGCUUUGCACUAUUAUUGGGAACCACUCCGGCCAUUGACGGCUUGGAGACGGCGUAUGACAUAUUGCAGGAAUAUGACUUCCCCAUCGGCAUUCUUCCAACGGGGGUCAAGAGCUACGAGAUCAACAAAGACACCGGCAAGUUCGCGGCUUACUUUGACGGGUCGUGCAGCUUCACCAUAAAGGGGUAUACCCUAAAGUACACUAACAAGAUCACAGGGACAAUCUUUAAGGGCAGGCUGAGUAACUUGGGUGGUGUGCAGGUGAAGAUAAUGCUUUUCUGGCUGAAUAUAGUGCAGGUCACUCAUGACGGUGAAGAUCUGAACUUCUCUGUCGGGAUAACGUCUGCUUCAUUUUCAGUUGACAAUUUCUAUGUCUGCCCCCAGUGUGGCUGUGGAUUUAGCUGUCUAAGCAGGGAUUCGAAUCUCCAUAGCCUUGUAUAUUCUUCUUGAUUUUUCUAUUGUUUCCUGAUGAAGAAUUGUGCUUUUAGAUUCUUAUAUAAGAACGACUUCCUUUAUUACUUGAUCAGUACAGUAAUAUUUAAAUAAAAUCCAUUUGUUUCUGAGUAUUCACAGUUAUUCUUAAAUGUGAAAGUGUCAAUUAAAAGAAUCAUUUU